GUUCGGCCGCUAGCACCGGGAUCAGUAUUGCCGAUUGGCCCCAAAUCUCAGCCCCGUACGGCCGCUUCCACGGGAUGGCGCUGAGACUGAUCUCGAGGCCUACUCGCCGCUGAUAGGCAUUCUCACCGCCGGUGAUUCCUCCUCUCCAUUUCAUCACCUUCCCGACCCUAGGUCUCCUCUGCCCUACUCCUUUUCUAGCCCUAAUCCCCACCGAACGGAUCCAGACCCGCCUGAUUCUCCACCAAGCUGGCGUAGGGUCCUCCCCGCUGGGGCAGGGCCGUGCACCGUGACGCCUGCCGCCGACGUCUCCGCGUGCGGCGCACCAUCCCGCCUCCGCCGCCACUCGGCUCCGUCUUCCCACGUCCACGCCUCAGCGCUCCAGGAAGGAAGCGGAGCAACCGCUGGCACGGCGUAGCAUCCACGCAGCCGCGGUGGCGUAGCAUCGACGCGCGGCGAGUUCGCUCCCCUCCCUCCCCCCGGCCGCCUAUAAAACUCGCUCGAAUCGCGAACCCGCCGACCCUCUCCGGCUCUCUCCCCCACCCCCGUCUUCUCCCAGGCUCCAGAAGCUUGUUUGGCCGUCUAGCCGCAGGACCCCCGAGGCUCAGAAGAUGGCCGGCGAGAGCAGCACCAGGCGCCCCCUCUUCGGCGGCGCCAUCUCCACCGCCUUACCCGCCCGGUUCCAGGAUGUGAGCAACACUCGCGAGGUCCCCGACCACCAGGAAGUUGUCGUCGACCCCGCCCGUGACGAGAGCCUCAUCUUCGAGCUGCUCGACCUCAAGGGCGAGGUGGAGGACGGCGGCAGCGCGCUCUGGUUCCUGCGCGACGUCGCCAACGAGCAAGAUGCGGGGGAUAACUUGGUGGUCGAGCACUCUGGUACAGUUGAGUUGGCUGGUCUGCGUUCCGGGGAAGCACCUGCAGUGGCUGGAACUGCAAUUGGCAAGCUGGCUGUUUCAAAAGGGAGGCAAGGCAGAGAAGCACAGAACAUUGUUCGGCUGUACUUAGCAAACAUACGUCUCAAGGAUGCAGCAACUGAUGUAGUUAUCACCGCAUAUGAGCCGCUGUUGAUAAAUCCUUUGAGUGAAAGUGCUCAGGCCGUUGCAGCUGGACCAGCAGUGCCCGCAGAACAGGCAGGAUGCUUGCCAAUGUCUGAGGUCUUCAGACUCGCAGUCAUGAACUUCGAUGUCCAUGAUUGGAACCUUUUCAAUGGCAGCGGUUGAAGUAGAGAGGGUAUGACAUCUCAAUGCUAGAGUGGUUCUAAAAAAGUGUUCUGCAAGAGUGUUUGGGGAAUGUACUUUCCUUGAGAGAAACUGGUAUCUGAAUUGUCCUUUAGAGUAGCUUUUUUUUGUUGCUGAAAAUGCUAUCACUUGGCAUAUGUAGUGUCAUCCAAAGAACCCUAGUCGAAGUUCAAUAUAUCAUGUUAGCUUCUACUAGAAAUUACUUGAAUUGAAUGAAGUACUUGCUAUUUCA